UUGACAUCCACGUCUUUUCUCCACUACAAAAACAAAAACACACUCUCUCCCCCUUUGUCUUCCUUCCUUUGAUUCGAAGGAACAAACUAACACACAGAAUGAGCUGCCAUGGUUGCCGAGUCUUACGAAAGCGAUGCGGCGACACCUGUGUCUUACGCCCUUGUUUGGACUGGAUCGACUCUCCAGAAGCCAAAGCCCGUGCCACACUCUUCGUCUCCAAAUUCUUCGGCCGUGGCGACCUCUUCAAUUUCAUCUCCUCCGUCCCCACCCACAAGCGUAACGCACUGUUCCAAUCGCUUUUGUUUGAAGCGGUUGGGCGUACAAUAAAUCCGGUGAACGGAGCCAUCGGACUUCUCUCCACCGGUAACUGGCAUCUCUGCCAGGCCGGAGUACGAACAGUGCUAGCCGGCGGCACCCCGGCGGUUCUCAUGAACACUUCUAAAGUUCCAGAAACAGACGAAAGUUCCGGCGUCUCUGAAGCUACCGGAGAGUUGUCGGCAAUGGUGAUCGGGAACCAGAUACCGAAAAAUCUGUUGCUGACGUCAUCUUCCGGUGGGGAUGAACAGAGUUUCUCUGCCGUUCCAGCGAUGAGUUUUCGAUGCAGUGACGGAGAAGAACCGAAGCUGUUGAACCUUCUUGUGUGACUGGGUGAUUAAUAAAGCCAAAAUAAUGUCAUCAAUGGAUCACAUAUCGUGUUCUGUUUAGGUGACUGCAUGCUUUUUUGGAGUUGAUUUAAUAACUAACUUCAGUUUUGGUAUAAUUAUUAUUUUCUAACUACGAGUUUUGUAAACUGCCUGCGUUUGGUUUUGGUGGAAAAUUAUGGUGAGAUUUGGGAAGGGAUGUUUGUGUUUACCGGCGAGAUAGAAUAAUGAUGAAAAUGGUGUCUUGUCGGUCUAUGUGUACUUGUGUACCAUCUUAUUGCACUACUUUGAUGUUUGGAUUA